GCAAGUGCUAACAGGAGCCUGGGUGCGGGCCAGGCCGUGCAGGGCUCUGGGACACGGGCUGCAGGAGCAGGGAGGGGGCUGUGAAAGUCCCUGUCCCAGGGAGUGCGGCAGCUGCAGCCCAGGCUGCAGCGUGACAUCCGUGUUUUGCUCCGGAUCGACCCAUCCUUCUGUGGGACAUGGAAGGGAAAUGGCUGCAACGGAGGCAGUUCAGGCACCAGUGACCUUCGAGGAGGUGGCUGUGUAUGUCACCAGGGAAGAGUGGGCUUUGCUGGACCCUGCUCAGAGAGCCCUCUACAGAGACGUUAUGCAGGAGAACUAUGAGAAUGUGACCUCACUGGGGUUUGCAGCUUCCAAACCUGAUGUGAUCAGCCAUCUGGAACGAGGGGAAGAGCCGUGGCUUCUAGAGCUCCAGGGCUCUGAGGAAAGAGAGAUCCUGGGAGCCACCAGCCAAAGUGAGGAGUCAUUAAACCAACUGAAAACCUGUCAGUGCCGGCAAGGAACAGCUGGGCUUCCCUGCAAAGCCCUUGUGAAUUCUCAGAGUGGCAAGAUGGUAAGUGAGAAGAAGGAGCAGAAUCCUCGGCAGGAAGUGGUUGAGCAAAUGCCACCACAUAUGGCCAGAUCCCAAGAGAAUGUGUCCUGGAAUCAUGAGCAAGGAAAAGCCUGUGAGCAUCAGUGCAAGUCAGAGAAGUGGCAGGAAAACCAAUCAAGGGAGAAAGUUAGUAAAUCUAUUAAUUAUCAGGGAAUUCAGAAGGGUCUCAAGGAAACCAAAGCCCAGCAGAGCAUCCCUGCGGGAGAGAGAAAUAACACAUGCUCUGAGUGCAGGAAAAACUUCCACAGCCACUCACACCUCAUUAGACAUGAGAGAAUCCAUACUGGGGAGAGACCCUACGAGUGCUGUGAGUGUGGGAAAAGCUUCACUCAGCGCUCGCACCUUCUUACCCAUCAGAGACUCCACACAGAUGAGAGCCCCUAUGAAUGCCAUCAGUGCGGAAAAAGCUUCAAGGAGAGAUCAAACCUUCUUACACAUCAAAGAAUCCAUACAGGGGAGAGACCCUAUGCAUGCUGUGAGUGUGGGAAAAACUUCAGUCAUCGCUCAGCCUUUGUUGUACAUCAGAGGAUCCAUACAGGAGAGAGACCCUACAGAUGCUGUGACUGCGAGAAAAACUUCAGUUCCCAGUCAGACCUUAUUAAACAUCAUAGAAUCCACACUGGGGAGAAACCCUAUGAGUGCAGUGAGUGCGGGGAAAACUUCACCCAGAGUUCUGCCCUAAUUACACAUCAGAGGAUCCACACAGGAGAGAGACCCUAUGCAUGCUGUGAGUGCGGGAAAACCUUCAGUCAUAGCUCUGCUCUUGUUACCCAUCAAAGGAUCCAUACAGGAGAAAGACCUUACAGAUGCUGUGACUGCAGGAAAAACUUCACUUACUGCUCAGACCUUAUUAAACAUCAGAGGAUCCACACAGGGGAGAGACCCUAUGAAUGCUGUGAGUGUGGGAAAACCUUCACUCUGAGCUCACAUCUUACUGCACAUCAGAGGAUCCACACAGGGGAGAGACCCUAUGCGUGCUGUGAAUGUGGGAAAACCUUCAGUCAGAGCUCACACCUUAAUAAACAUCAAAGGAUCCACACAAGAGAGAGACCCUAGGAAUGCUCUGAGUGUGGGAAGUGCUUCCAUCAGAGCUCAGCCCUUAUCAUCAGAGAAGCUCCAAGGGAGAGAAACACCGUAACAAAAUUGUCUAAG